AUGGCGUUCAACCCAGACGAUUUCAGGGCCAGCACUGCCUACGGUUCUGGAUUCGUCGCACAAACAUCCACGACGACCGGUCUUGAAGACCUCGAAGACCCUAACUUGCCAAUCUUCCGGGUGGAACACGUACAACUUCAAUUCCCGAUAGCAUCAGACUUUGUUGCAGCUCAGGUUGCGAAUAAUGUCAUCGUGCUAGCUUUGGCUUCCGGGAGAUUGCUUCGGAUUGAUCUAUACAAUGCAGCGGACAUUGAUGACAUCGAUUUACCAAAGAAAGUAAACGAAGUUGGAUCCAUCAGGAAGCUGUUUCUUGAUCCUACCGCCAGCCAUCUCCUCAUUAGCACUACCCAGGGCGAAAACUUCUAUCUUCAUCAAUCAUCACAUAAAGUUAAGCAUCUUGCUAAAUUGAAGGGGAUUUUUAUCGAAUCUGUGGCAUGGAAUCCAGCGCUACCAUCGGCAUCUACUCGAGAGAUUCUCAUUGGUAGCCAGAAUGGGGCCGUCUAUGAGAUAUUCAUUGAACCGACGGACGAGACCUUUCGAAGAGAUGAACGGUACAUGAAACAAGUUUAUCGAAUGCCAGAUGGACAGCCGAUAUCAGGGUUGUUCGUAGAGCUAGUUCCUGGGUCGUCGGAUAUGCGGAGAGUAAUCUUGACCACACCAACAAAGAUGUUGCAUUUCAUCGGAAGGGUUGCACGGCAUGGUUCUUCAGAUGCCACCUCGAUAUUCUCAAGAUACUUUGAAGUUGAAGCUCCAACUUUCCAGGAACAUCCGGGGAGCACCUAUAGUACACUAUCGAUAUCUCCAGAAUCGGAAGAUGAUAUUGACCCUGAAAGAAUAUAUGCAUGGUCGCAUGGUGUCGGUGUCUCGUAUGGUAGACUGUAUUCCGCACCUAUUACAUCGGAACUCGGAGACCUGGUCUUCAGAGAGUCUAAAAUCUUACCAAUCACAGCACUUCCUCAUGGCGGAAGGGAUAUUACAUCCAUUGCUCUCACUCAAUACCAUAUUUUGGCGAUGUGUAAGGGUGUGCUUUACGCAGUAAACCGGUUUGACGAGUCUAUCGUUUUCCAGGAUGUUAUCGGUAAUGAUGACUCUAAGAUACUAGGUAUCCGAGCAGACCAAAAGUUAAACACCUUUUGGGUCUUCACAACCGACACGAUAUUCGAGGUUGUUUUAAAGGACGAAAAUCGUGAUGUUUGGAAGAUUAUGCUCAAACAGAAUUUGUUCGACGCAGCUAUGCGAUUUGCUUCGAAUCCACGACAAAAGGAUCAAGUCUCGCAAGCAUCUGGCGACUACCUUGUAUCCCAGAAGAAGUAUUUCGAAGCCGCCAGUGUAUACGGAAAGAGCACAAAGCCUUUCGAGGAAGUUUGCUUGAUCUUUCUUGAAAGCGGUGAACAUGCGGCACUUAGGAAAUAUCUCCUAGCGAAGCUUAAUUCCCUCCCUAAGACAUCUAUAAUGCAACGGAUAAUGGUUGCAACAUGGCUCGUGGAAGUCUUCAUGUCUGCUUUGAAUACAUUAGACGAUAAGCUCUCCGCAAAAACGGAAGCGAAUGGCGAACAAGUUAACAAUACAGCCAGUCAACUUGACUCUGUUCGGGACGAGUACUAUGAGUUUAUCUCGAAGUUUAAGAAUGAGCUGGACAAGAAGACAAUAUAUGACGUCAUUAGCAGCCAUGGUCGAGAGGUCGAACUGCUGUACUUUGCGUCGGCUGUUCAGGACUGGAGUUAUGUUUUAAAUUAUUGGGUCCAAAGAGAGAACUGGAAUGAGGCUUUGACGGUUCUUAAGAAGCAGGUGGACCCGGAUAUGUUCUACAAAUAUGCUUCUGUUCUCAUCUCGAACGCACCAGCAGAAACCGUCGAUAUCUUGACACGGCAAUCCAAUCUCGAACCGAAGAAACUGAUUCCCGCCCUGUUGACCUAUAGCGAGAAGUUCGAUAACGUCCCCCACACCGAUAACCAAGCCGUUCGUUAUUUGCUCUAUGCCAUUGAUCGCCUCGGUAACACCGAGACUGCGAUUCAUAAUGCGCUUCUCAGUCUCCUCGCUGUCUCGAAGUCCAAGGAUGAGUCUCAGUUACUGUCUUUUCUUCGCCAACACGAAGCAAAUCCCCGCUAUUCGGUCGACUUUGCUCUCCGCAUAUGUAUCAAGCAUGAGCGUGUCCAAAGUGCUGUGCACAUCUACACUCUCAUGGAGAAGUACCAAGAAGCUGUUAAUCUCGCUCUUCGUCACGGUGACACCGAACUUGCGAGCAUAAUCGCUAAUAGAACGGAAGAUGACCCGGCACUCACGAAGCAACUUUGGUUGUCUAUUGCUAAGACUGUCAUCAAGCAAAGCAAUGGGGCUAUCAAGCCUGCUCUUGAGGUUCUCAACGAAUGUAAACUCCUUAAAAUUGAGGACCUCAUUCCUUUCUUCCCGGACUUUGUCGUUAUCGAUGACUUUAAGGAGCAAAUUUGCAAUGCUUUAGAAGACUAUAGUUACAAGAUCGAUAGACUAAAGAAAGAGAUGGAUGAUUCCGCCCGAACAGCUGAGAACAUCAGACAUGAUAUCGAGCUGUUGGAUCGGCGUUAUGCGAUCAUUGAACCUGGGGAAAGAUGUUAUGUCUGUCAAUACCCUCUGCUAUCAAGGCAAUUUUUUGUAUUCCCCUGUCAGCAUGCCUUUCAUACAGAUUGUUUGGCCAGCUGGUUGGUAAAGAAAACAGGGACAGGGCUGGGAAGACGGAUCACCGAUUUACAAACCGAGAUUGCAAACGUUGGGGCCGGGUCUGGACGAGAGAAGCUGAUAGAAGAGUUUGAUGGGAUUGUUGCUGCUGCUUGCGAUGUUGCGAUCAAGCAAAUUUCAGAACCAUUUGUUACCCAAUCUGAUGAUAAGAGCGAGUGGGCUGUUUAA